AUAUUACAUUUGUAGUAGCUUUAAAAAAAAGUAUUGAAUUUGACGAGUGAAUGCAUUUAAUAAAAAUGUGACUGCGCACUCACACAGGUUGAAAAAUAAAUAUGCUUUAAAUAUAUAAGUUUUCGGUUUUCUUCGACACUCUCCGGAAACUAUCGAAGUCACCAUACUGAUUGCAGUGCUGCUGUUCUGGUCCAGAAGGCCAAAUAGCUACAAGCAACAUGCUGCGAUUGCCUGUUAGCCGGGCUCUGGCAGGAGUUGCCCAGAGCUCUAAAGGCUGCAUCACUACAAAGAACAAUGUUCGCACUGCAGCUACUGCUGUGAGUAACCUGGUUGAGGUGUUUGUGGAUGGGAAGUCGCUCAUGGUAGAACCUGGAACUACUGUCUUGCAGGCCUGUGAGAAGGUUGGAGUCCAGAUCCCUCGGUUCUGUUACCAUGACAGACUCUCUGUUGCUGGGAAUUGCAGAAUGUGCCUGGUGGAGAUAGAAAAAGCACCCAAGCCAGUUGCAGCCUGUGCUAUGCCUGUCAUGAAGGGAUGGAACAUCUUGACCAGUUCUGAGAAAACCAAGAAAGCUAGGGAAGGGGUUAUGGAGUUCCUGUUAGCCAACCAUCCUCUCGACUGUCCAAUCUGUGAUCAGGGAGGAGAGUGUGAUCUUCAGGACCAGUCCAUGAUGUUCGGAAGUGACAGAAGCCGAUUCACAGAGGGUAAGAGAGCUGUGGAAGACAAGAACAUUGGCCCUCUUAUUAAAACCAUCAUGACUCGCUGUAUCCAGUGCACAAGAUGUAUUCGGUUUGCCAGUGAGGUGGCAGGAGUGGAUGACCUGGGUACCACAGGAAGAGGUAACGAAAUGCAGGUUGGCACCUACGUCGAGAAAAUGUUCAUGUCGGAGAUGUCUGGCAACGUCAUUGACAUUUGCCCUGUAGGAGCCCUGACCUCAAAACCUUACGCCUUCACUUCCCGGCCCUGGGAGACGAGAAAGACAGAGUCCAUCGACGUGCUGGAUGCGGUGGGCAGUAACAUUGUUGUGAGCACACGUGGAGGAGAGGUCAUGAGGGUCCUCCCGAAGCUGAAUGAAGACGUCAACGAGGAGUGGAUCUCUGACAAAACUAGGUUUGCUUAUGAUGGUCUGAAGCGUCAAAGACUGACUCAGCCCAUGGUGAAAAACUCUGCAGGGCAGCUGGUUCCCACAUCCUGGGAGGAUGUACUUACUCGUGUAGCUGGAGCGCUACAGGGAGCUCAGGGUAAUGAUGUGGCUGCCAUCGCAGGGGGGCUCGUGGAUGCUGAGGCCCUGGUAGCCCUGAAAGACCUGCUGAACAGACUCAACAGUGACAAUCUGUGCACUGAAGAAGUUUUUCCCAUGGCUGGGGCUGGCACUGACCUGCGCUCAAACUACCUGCUGAACACCAAAAUCACAGGCGUGGAGGAGGCGGAUCUCCUGCUGCUGGUUGGCACCAACCCACGAUUCGAAGCACCUCUCUUCAACGCCAGGAUCAGAAAGAGCUGGCUUCACAAUGAUCUUCAAGUAGCUGUGGUCGGCAGCAAGGUGGACCUGAAAUAUACCUACGACCAUCUGGGAGAGUCGGCACAAGUGUUGGAAGAGAUUGCCUCUGGAAAACAUCCAUUCAGCCAAGACCUGAGCAAGGCCAAGAAGCCCAUGGUUGUAGUUGGCAGUGCUGCUUUCCAGAGGAAAGAUGGAGCUGCUAUUCAUGCUGCAAUUUCCACCAUCGCUCAGAACGCUAGGACCAGCAGCAGGCUCCAAGACAACUGGAAGGUUCUCAAUGUUCUCCACAGGGUUGCUAGUCAGGUGGCAGCACUGGAUCUGGGAUACAAGACGGGAGUUGAGGCUCUUAGAAAGAAUCCCCCGAAAGUACUGUUCCUUCUGGGAGCUGACGCUGGCUGUGUAACCAGGCAGGAUCUGCCAAAGGACUGCUUCAUCAUCUACCAAGGUCAUCAUGGUGAUGUGGGUGCCCCCAUGGCUGAUGUCAUCCUCCCUGGUGCUGCCUACACUGAGAAAUUCGGCACCUAUGUGAACACAGAAGGGCGGGCCCAGCAGACCAGGGUGGCAGUAACUGCCCCAGGCAUGGCUAGAGAGGACUGGAAGAUCAUUCGAGCCAUUUCUGAGCUGGCCGGCGUGACUCUCCCCUAUGACACUCUGGAUGAGGUGCGGGACAGGCUGGAGGAGGUGUCUCCUAACCUGGUCCGCUACGACGAUGUUGAGGAGGCCAACUACUUCAAGCAGGCAACUGAACUGUCAGUGGCAGUGAACCAGACGCUCCUUAGUGAUCCUCUUGUCCCACCACAGCUCACGAUUAAAGACUUCUACAUGACAGAUCCUAUCAGCAGAGCCUCCCAGACCAUGGCAAAGUGUGUUAAAGCAGUUACUGAGGGGGCCAGCGCGGUGGAAGAACCGUCCAUCUGUUAAAGAACAUUGACUGAAAUAAAUAUUGGUCUCUCACAUCCAGCACUUGUAUAAUGUAUCUUGAACACCAAGCUGGAAUCAGACCAUCUUAGAACAACUGUGUGAACUUUCUAUUAUAUAUAUAUAUAUAUAUAUAUAUAUAUAUAUAUAUAUAUAUAUAUUAUAUAAUAUAUAUAUAUAUAUAUAAUUGUAACACUCUGACAUUCUUUUACAGUUUUAGUAGAGGGAGGUUAAUGUUGAAGUUCUGUGGCAUACUGUAUCUUUUAGAACCACUCUGUGCCAAAUAAAAAAAGAUAUGUAAAAAUAAUAAAUGUAUCAUAUUAUAAAGGCUUUGUGGAAUUUGUGUGAGCAUUUUUACAUUAUGAACAAAACAUUUCCAAGCUCUAAUAGAAAUGUAUGAUGUUUAUUGCAAAAUUAGUGAUGUGUCCAUCAGUUGUCUAAAAAGCUUUGUGUGUCUAGAUUAUACUUGACCUUUGACCCAUAUUGACUCUUGAGCACCCCGACCAUUUUCAAACAAAAUGUUUUCUUUUAAAUCGCUUGACAACACCCAGAAUUCUUGGUUUUUAGGCACUUUUAACAAAUCUGUCUCUGAAAAUUUACAAUCAUCCUCCACCAACGGCAGCACCAACCAAGCGAACAAGACAAAUGAUCUUCAACUCUGACAGCGACAAAAAAUUUAUAAAAAGCAUACCCCAUUGAAACAUCUUUUCAUUAAAAAUAUGUUGUUUUUUGCAGUUCAUUAUCUACCCAGUUUAAUUCACUGUUCCUGAAUUAUCAAAAAGAAAGUUAUAUUUAAGAUUCUUUAAUAUUGACUUAAUUUACGUUAUUAUUAUUAAUUAAAUUCACUUGCAAUUUGAACCUUAA